CGUCCGUUGCUUCCAUAGCAACCACGACUCUCUAAUACUGCCUGCUUGGAUUGGUUGAACAUGCAGUGAAUCUGAGCAUUGUGGUUUCUUAUUUGCUAAUAUAGGGGCGUCUGCUGUUUGAGGAAUAAAAACUUACCUAUAUACUCGACUGAGGAUAUUUAAUGAAGCUAAAUUCAUAUUUAGCCGUCCAAAAUAACAAUCUACGCCGGGUGGAGGAAGGUUGAGCCACAGGUCACUCAUGGAAACAAAGGGGGAAGCUGAAAAUGUCCAAUUCAGUUAGAAAAGUGAGACAAGGAGAAAAGUUGCCCCUGAGAUCCAGAGGAACCCAGAGCAAGGCAUCUCAUGAUCUCAGGAGGCUUCAGUCCCUGCUUGCCAAAAGCAGCCCCAGACAAGAGGCGGCAGUGUUGAGUCACAGUAAAGCACGCAGCAGUGGGACCAGCAGAUCAGGCCCACAUCCUCCAAAAGACACCAGCAGACACAGGAGUGAGAGCGACAUCAACAGUGAAGUGUCUGAACUGGAAAAAUUCAGCAUCAUGUACAAAGACCAAAGAUGUUUCAGCAGCCACCCGCUGCAUACACUGUUCUCUGACAUCCUCACGUCUUUGGUCAAGAACCGACUCUGCAGUGAAUGGAUUGACCAUGCACCAGCUGAGAAUGUCCUUAGAGUUCUGAUCUGCCUACGAUUAUUGAUCAGAGAUCCCCACCAUCAGAAAAUCCUGCAUCAACUCCAAGGUGUCAAUUUACUAGCCAGGUAUCUGGAGUCUGUCACUGCCAUGUAUAUAUCUCGUGGUGAGCAGGCGUUUGCGGUGCAGAAGCUGGUCACGAUGACCUACGUGUUUCAGAAGCUGUCUGCCGGUGAGAAUCAGAGGGUCUGGGUCACCGAGAGCGGCGCUCACAGGACUCUGGUGAAGCUCCUCUCCACCACAGAUAGCAGUGUCCUGCUGGGAGCCCUGCUGGCGCUCAACACUUUGGCUGAGAGCCCAGAAUGCAAGGAGCAGAUUGGAGAGCUGCCUAUAGUGGAGAACCUGCUCACGAUACUGCAGGAAUACGACCUCCUGUCAAAGAGACUGAGUGCGGAGCUGCUGAGGCUCCUGUCCCCGGUGUGGCAGGUGAGGGAGCAGGUGAGGGAGCUGGAGGGUCUCCCGGUGCUGCUCAGCCUGCUGUACGGGCAGCACCUGAAGCUGCUGUGGAGCGUCGCCUGGGUCCUGGUCCAGCUCUGUGAGGACCCCGACACCAGGACGGAGAUCAGGAGCUGGGGCGGGGUGCAGCAGCUUCUCCGGCUGCUCAACAGUGACAGGCAGUAUGUGUCUGACCGCUCGUCCAUCGAGACGCUCUCCAGCGCCAACGCAGCCGGCCGUAUCCAAAGACAGCACAUCAGGGAGGAGCUGAGCCGGCAGGAGGAGGUGGACAACACGAUGGCCCUGCAGUCAGCCUGCUGUACAGUGCUGACUGAACUCAGUCUAGAUGACACAUCUUCUCACCACAUUGUGCAGGAGAAUGGGGUCUAUAUAAUCACAAAGUUGAUUUUACCCAAAAACUCUGGACCAAAGGUCACAUCCUUACAGUGCUAUGCAUUUCGGACCCUCCGGUUUCUCUUUAGCAUGGAAAGAAACAGACAUCUGUUUAAGAGACUCUUUCCCACGGACCUUUUUGAGUUGUUUAUUGAUGUUGGACAUUAUGUACGGGACCUCAGGGCCUACGAGGGACUGCAAACCAAAGUUUCGCACUACACUGAAGAAGAACUUGACAGUCUAAGAGAGAGCAUCGAGGCUGUGGACCAGAACCGACCUCCCCUUAAAGUCAUCAACGGUUACUCAAUACUGGACCAUCUGGGCACCGGGGCCUUUGGAAGCGUCUUUAAGGUGCGAAAGCAGAGUGGCCAGAACCUCCUGGCCCUGAAGGAGGUGAACCUCCACAACCCGGCAUUCGGCAAAGACAAGAAGUCCAGAGACAGUAAUGUGGAGAAAAUCAUCUCAGAGCUCACAAUCAUCAAAGAACAGAUGACACAUCCAAACGUUGUGAAAUAUUACAAGACAUUUUUGGAAGGAGACAGACUGUACAUCGUGAUGGAGCUGAUCGAGGGAGUCCCGCUGGCUGAACAUUUCAGCUCUCUGAAGGAGAAGCAGCAGCAGUUCACAGAGGACAGAAUCUGGAAUAUUUUCAUACAAAUGUGUCUGGCGCUGCGGUACCUGCACAAGGAGAAGAGAAUAGUCCACCGCGACCUCUCUCCUAACAACAUCAUGCUGGGUGAAAAGGACAACGUCACAAUCACUGACUUCGGCCUCGCUAAGCAGAAACAGGAGAACAGCAAGCUGACGUCAGUGGUCGGCACCAUCCUUUACUCCUGUCCAGAGGUGGUGAAGAACGAGCCGUAUGGAGAGAAAGCUGAUGUCUGGGCUUUGGGCUGCAUCCUCUACCAGAUGGCUGCUUUACAGCCUCCUUUCUAUAGCAGCAACAUGUUGUCGCUGGCAAGCAAGAUUGUCGAGGCCACGUACGAGCCAAUUGAAGAAGGAGCUUUCUCAGAGAGAGUCACAGACAUGAUCAGAUGGUGUUUGAGUCCAGAUGCAGACCAGCGGCCCGACAUUGUGGCCGUCAGCUCCAGGAUCUCCGACCUCAUGAUGAGGCUGAUGGACGGCCUCUACGCUUCCCAGAAUGCACUGGAGAGAAGAGCAGAGAGGGACAGGAAACGAGCACAGAAGUACUUCCUGGAAAGACACGAAUGCAAAUGUCUCUCAGACCUGCCUCAGGAAAAAUCCUCAUUAAAUGCUGAAUGUCUGACUCCACGCUCCUCUGAAGCCUCCAGUUCAAACCACAGCGGGCAGAAUAUCAGUCAAGAUGAGGCCUCAGAUGUUGAUGUUGAAACUUGUGAUACCAAAAUCGACACCUCGGCUAUUACAGGAAACCACUACGGUCUAAAGUCCAGUCCCUGUGUGACACCUGACCAAAUGAUAUCUGGUGGGGAUCACACUGCUGCAAAGAUUAAACCAAGACCAGGUUCAGCGGGGCUCUGUGUCUCCCAGAAGAAGGUUCGGCUGAUCGAUGAUCCCAUUCAGAGGCUCCUCGUGCAGCUGCACAAGAUUAUUUACAUCACUCAACUUCCACCACAUCACAACACCAAACGACGGGUCGUCGAAAGAUUUAAGAAGUCUCUGUUCCACUGUGGGAGCGAUCCAUACAACCUGAAGCUGGAGCUCAGCAAGCUCCUCCAGGCUUCUCCAGAGCUGAUGGAGUCAGGUUUGACCAGUUCAGACUGGUUUCCCCUGAUCCACCACUUCACAGGAGACCACAAUGCCGCUGACAGUACAGGUGAAGGGAACCUCAAAGAUGGAGUCACCUAUCAGCAGAUGCAGGGGAUCAUAGAGGAGCUGCUGGAGGAGAGCAGCUACUACGAGGAAACACACAGCAGGAUCUCAGAGAAAAGAAAUGACCAAGACAACAAGUGACCGUCGUCCAACGUUUGCAUCAAUCUGAGGUCACAAAAACACUGUAUGUACACAAGUGAUGUAAUUAUUUUAAUUUGAAUCCAUCAUUUAUACAUAAUUUAUAAUUUUAUUUAAAACAAUGGAAAGCUUGUUUGUAUUUAAGCUGCUGACAUCUUAGCUGAGUUAAUGUUGUGAUAAGGCUGCUGUCACAUGUUACCAAAGCUGAUAUGUUAAUGUCACCACAGUAAUGAUUAGUCUGGUGAUUAUUUUCUUAAUCAAUGGAUUAAAUGUUAUGUCCAUAAAAUGCCAGAAAACAGUGAAAUAUGCUCCUGACCAUCUUGUUCAACCAACAAUCCACAAUUUGAAUUUAAGAUUUUAAAUGUGAUGUCAGAAAGCAGGAAAUCCUCAAAAACGUCAAACUCGAAUUGUGGAAUAUUUUGGAAUUGUAUUUACUUAUUUUACUGGAGAUUGAUUAGCGAUAAACUGACUAAUCAAUGCAGCUCCACUCCACACAUCUCAUCGGUUCUCAGGCACUGAUUAUUCAGACGAACUCGGUGUGACUGUGUGGGUCUCCAAAGAUAAUUUUAUAUGUGUACUAGAGCUUCAAUCGAUUAAUUUGUUAUCAAAUUAUUCAGCAACUAUUUUGAUAAAUGAUUAAUUGAGUCAUUUAUAAAGAGAAAUAAAAGUAAACAUUCAUACUUUGAUUGACAUGUUUAAACCAAAACACUUAUCAAAUCAAAAAAUGAAAAUAAUCUAGUUGGAGCUCUUAAACUCUAUUGUGUAUACAUGUGCUUGUAAUGAAGCUUAUUUAUGUUUGUUUCUGUCGGUUUAGACCGUGAGAAGCUUCUCAGAUCACAGUGAACCGGCCUGUAACAACUGACUUAACCUCGACGCUAUCAAAGCUUUUUAUCUUCUGUCUGCUGGGUUCAGCUCGUGUGAAGCUCUCAGUUUUGUUAUUUCAGGUUUGUCUGCAUUUAGCACUUUAACUUCUCAGGAUCAGACUCAGCAGUUUGACUGUUUUAACUCCUCGCUGCGGGACGGCGUAUCACAGCGUGUGUUUCAAAUGGCUGCGGGCCAAAAUGUCCUCAUUCUGUUGACUUUCAGAGAGCUGAUAAGAAACCAAACCUUCACCUUGGUUCAGAAUCACGUUGCAGUUGUCUGACUGCAGCUGUUGGCGGACCGUUUUUUUAAAAUCUGUUCCACUCUCGCUGUACUUUAACUAUAUGUUGACAUGCACUUUGUAAGUAUAUUCACUGUACAUUUUCAUUGAGGAGGGCAGCUGAAGGGCUCUGUAUGCACUUUGAUCCAAAAGGGUUUAGACAGUAUCACCUGUAUAAGGAAUGUAUGAUGAUGCAGUAACUCACAGAUUAAACGAUAUUUAAUGCA